UCCUCUACCUGCAUCAAGUACAAGUGAACCUUGAGCUUCAGACUUUUUCCUACAUCAAAUCCUACUAUUUGUCACCACUCAAAAUAAACAUUUUUUUUCAAAAAAAAAAAAUCCGAAGCUGGCGCAAGCAAUGGAGGACGGCUCCGGCAACGGGCGGCCGCCGGCCACCGCGGCGGCGUGGAACUUCGAGCCGAACGGCGCGCUGCUCGGGCUGACGGCGCUGUCGGUGCGCGGCGUGCUGGGCAGGGUCAAGGCCGGGAUGGCGGCGGGCGGCGGCGGAGAUGGUGGUGGUGGUGGUGGGCGGGCGGUGAUCCCGAUGGGACACGGCGACCCGUCGGUGUUCCCGUGCUUCCGGACGACGGCGGACGCCGUGGACGCCGUGGCGGCGGCGCUCCGGUCCGGGGAGCACAACUCCUACUCCUCCUGCGUCGGCCUCGAGCCUGCACGGAGGUCUAUCGCGCGGUACUUAUCGCGAGACUUGCCAUAUGAGCUAUCAGCUGAUGAUGUGUACCUGACAAGUGGCUGUGCUCAAGCGAUUGAGAUCAUCUGCUCUGUCCUAGCUCGCCCUGGUGCCAACAUCCUGUGCCCAAGGCCAGGGUACCUGUUCCACGAGGCACGCGCAGUGUUCAAUGGCAUGGAGGUCAGGUACUUUGAUCUUCUCCCAGAGAGUGGCUGGGAGGUUGAUCUUGAUGGAGUGCAGGAACUUGCUGACAAGAACACGGUUGCAAUGGUCAUUAUCAAUCCAGGAAAUCCCUGUGGCAAUGUCUACACUUCUGAGCAUUUGGCCAAGGUUGCCGAGACCGCGAAAAAGCUUGGCAUCUUUGUCAUUGCAGAUGAAGUGUAUGCACAUUUGACGUUUGGGCAGAAUAAAUUUGUGCCGAUGGGGGUGUUUGGCUCAGUAGCUCCAGUUCUUACGUUAGGAUCGAUAUCGAAGAGAUGGGUUGUGCCUGGAUGGCGACUUGGAUGGAUUGUGACGAGCGAUCCUAAUGGCGUAUUUCAAAGGACCAAGGUAGUGGAAAGCAUCCAGAGUUACCUUGAUAUCUCGGCUGAUCCUGCAACAUUUAUCCAGGGAGCAAUUCCACAACUCAUAGAGAACACAAAGGAAGAAUUCUUCGAAAAGACCGUCGAUGUCCUAAGGCAGACCGCAGAUAUUUGUUGGGAGAAGCUGAAGGGCAUCAGUUGCAUCACUUGCCCAAGCAAACCUGAGGGUUCCAUGUUUGUCAUGGUGAAACUGGAUCUGUCCUGCCUGCAAGGCAUCAAAGAUGACAUGGACUUCUGCUGCCAGCUAGCAAAGGAAGAAUUGGUGAUUCUUUUGCCAGGAUGUGCUGUUGGAUACAAGAAUUGGCUCCGAAUCACCUUCGCCAUCGAACCGUCUUCUCUUGAAGAUGGUAUUGAUAGGCUCAAGUCCUUCUGCUCGCGACAUAGCAAGCCGAAAGUUCACCGGUCUCUUGAAACAUGAGGCACCUGCUUUCAGAUAAGGUCAGCAGGAGUUGCUUGAUGGAUCAAAAACUGUUAUCAACUUACCAUGAUGUAUGUUGUUCUUAUGUUCUAUCAUCUUCACUCGGAGGUGAUAUGCUUGAUCGAUGCAAUAAGUCCUUGAUAGGCUGUGGGCUAUGAUUGAUGUUACAAUUCUUGUUGUAAUUUCCAAUUACUGCGCAGUAUGUGUAAGUGUAAAUUUUUGGUUGUCUGAAGUGCAGAACACUGUUCUUGAAUAAAGAAGGGGUUAUACUAGAA